CCGGCCCACAAUCUUUCAGUGAGCGAUCCGGCAAUCGGGCAACGCGACGACGUCUGGUCCGCGCAAAAGAUUCAGUCGACAUCUCGAACCUCGUCGGCGACAAUUCCUCCACCACCGCAUCUAUCAACCUCCCGCGGUCCAACAUGGUUCUCAAGCUCAGACUCGCCCGCUUUGGGCGUACCAAUGCCCCCUUUUACAACAUUGUCGUUGCCCACGCCAGAACCGCGCGCAACAGCAAGCCUCUCGAGGUCAUUGGCACAUACGACCCCGUUCCCAAGAAGGACACGUACGAUACCACAGGGAAGCUGCACAAGGACAUCAAGCUGGACGUCACGAGGGCCAAGUACUGGAUAGGUGUGGGAGCUCAGCCGACCGACACGGUUUGGCGGUUACUGUCCCUUGUCGGCAUACUAGACCCCAAGUACAAGAAGCCGCAACCGGCGCAGGAGCAAAAGACCAAGGCUUGAGCGAAUUGCACCUUUUCGAUUAUUUCCAUACGUACCACCGGACAACCCGGGUCAUCUCGCAUACCCGAUCAUCUGACACCAUCACCAUCCGUCCAUCCAUCCAUCCAUGUAUUACAAACCGGCUUUCUUCCAUCUAGGCGUUUUCUGUUCUCUACACUAUCUAGGGGUUUUCCAAAAAAAGGGGUUUGUACGAUACCUACUAUAGCUCGACAUAUAUAUAUAUAAGAAGCAAAGUAUACAACACCCACCGAACGACGCGACUUUAAUUGUUGAAUAAAUCCCGGAGGGCAGCUAAUACUUGAACGUGAUGGGAGCGGAAGGGGCGACGCUUUUUGAAGGAUGGGAGAGGGGGAGGGGAGGAGGAGGAGGAGGAGGACACAGAGUCGGAGUUCAGUUUGAUGAGGUUUGGUCGGUGGGCUGGAAUGUUGCAUGGAAGAAUGGGGGAUGACUUCAUCAGCAGGGGCAGACAUUGUGGUGUUUGUGUCCCCAGGGUCGAUACAUCUGCUUGCCCGUAGUUGUUGGGUGGGCAGAGGGGUGCGAUUCAUGUUGGAACAUCAGAAGGCUACAGGCGAAAAGCCAUCGCAAUCACCAAGGCAGCUGGACGUUGGUACCUUUUCUAGUGGGAAUUGUUUCCCCCUACGGUGUAUGGGUAGUCACGAAAAGACCGUUGGAUGGAGACAAGAAUAAAAAGUCAAAAAGUCGCGAGUUGGAUACUUGGGUAAUCUACCGAGACCUGACCAAUUGUAUAAACAGGACUGAAAUAAUACCCCAACAGUUGGGUGAAUACAUCAAAAAAAAUCAAGACAGCAAAAGCAACA